CUCAUUUGUGACGGGGACAGCCUGCUGUGGACACACCUCACCUCUGAGAAUCUGGGACCUUGAGAGUGGUCAGCUGUUGACCUGUUUAGGGACCGACUUCCACCAUGGAGCUGGAGUCCUUGAUGUCUUCUAUGAAACGCCCUCCCUUCUCCUUUCUUGUGGGUAUGACACCUACAUCCGAUACUGGGACAUACGGACCAGCACCAGGAAGUGUGUCCAGGAGUGGGAAGAGCCCCAUGACAGUGCCCUGUACUGCAUAAGGAGUGACAAGAACCAUAUGAUUGCCAGCGGCUCUUCUUACUAUGGUGUGGUGCGUCUCUGGGAUAAGCGGCAGACUCAGUGCCUGCAGAGCUUUCACCUGUCUUCACCCACCAGCAGCCCAGUGUACUGCCUCCGUUUCAGUACCACUCAUCUGUACGCUGCCCUGGCAUCAGCCCUGCACGUCCUGGACUUCACGGCCCCGUGAAGGGUACCACAGCUGCUUCUGGUCACCCCAACUCAGCAGAGUUGACACUUGGCUCAGGGAAUCACAGGGCAGGAGAGGUGAGAAUGGCCCCCAAGGCUUCUGAAGGGAUUUUCUUUUUUUUUGCCUGCCAGAAAGCUACAAUGAAGAGUGCACAAAGGGCCAGACUUUUUCAACUUCACCUGCCUGUUAGUGAAAAUAAAGGCCGAUUGUCCUUUACCCUUUUUAUUUUGUGCAGGUCAGGGUUUGUUUUAUUAACUGUGUUCUUUUUGUCGUUUUUUUUUUUUCUUUUUUUGCUGUGGAUACAGCAUUUGAGGGGCAAGUUGAGCUGGGAUGCCCUGUCAGCUGUGUGUGCUGGUCAG